UUUGCAAGAUUCAUUCACCAGUUUCACAAAGACACAGAACUUAUGGAUGUACAGGAACGAAAGUGCCUCAAGUAAUCAACUACUCAUCGGCAGAUUGCUACUAUCUUCUUCUUCUUCUUCUUCUUCGUUUGGGUCUGAGCCGCAGGUUCAUCGAUCGUUGGUACUCAUCCACCAUCUUCGUUUCCUUGUGCUUCUCCCCAACAACCGAUUUCUUCCUCGGGCAUCAUGAGUCUCUCCCUCAACCUCUGAUCGAAGAAAACCCGUAUGUACGGCUGUCUGAGCCGCCGCUUAGGAAUAUUUUCCUCUAAAAAAAGAUGCAUCCUCCCCUAACAUUACAUCGGCACCCAAUGCGUGCAGAGAUUAUCGAGCAGUUCCAAAAAUGUCAUUUGGACCACCCUAUAGGGAAAUUCUUUGGCGAAUGCACUGAUCUCAAGAUCAAGCUUGACCGCUGCUUCAGGCAGGAAAAAAGUGUGAAGCGGAAGGCAAACUUUGAGGAGAGCAAAAAGUUAAAGGAGCGCCUGCGGGCACACAAGAAGGAAAUUGACGAGUUUAGUAGCGAGGAAAGCUCGUUCGGGCACGGUUAAUCAUCUUCGGAUGCCCGAACGUGACGAGCUCCACAUAUAUGCUGAUGAUUCCUGUUAUAUUUUAUUCAUGAAGGUUCAGAAAAGAGAUGUGCUGAAACUCAAAAGAGGUUUUUUUUAUUGCUGGACUUUGUACAAGUUUUGAGGAGGGAAGAUUCCUUAAUUCAUGAUUUGUCUUACUUGUAAUGGUCUAUGGUCAUAAGAAACAGGGGCCAUGGUUUAUUUCCACGGGCCGGUUCUGUUGCCACCGGCCGGCUUUUUGGAGCGCCUUCGGUGCUCUAUUCAGAAAAU